UAAAGAAUGCAUUUUCAAUAACUGUUGGUUUUGGGGUAGGAUUGGGUGAGAAAUGGGCUUAAUGUUUUUCACCCCUGGACAAAAUAUAUCUUGGUGUAGAUACACUUCCCGGAAGGGGAACGUACUGUAAUUUGAGAAGGGCAUUCUGGGUUGCUGUAGGAAGCAAUUGAAACUGAUAGUUGUCUUUUUUUGUUGUUUCAAGUGUAUCUGUCAGCUGUGUCUUUUACAAGACAAUUUUUUUUUCCUUAUUUGGUAUCUUAUAGCCAUGUAGUAUGAUAGACAAGAAUCCUAACUCCAGAGGACUUGAGCACUCAGGUGACCUGAUGGAAGGUGAGCUUUAUUCUGCACUCAAAGAAGAAGAAGCAUCUGAAUCUGUUUCUAGUACCAAUUUCAGUGGUGAAAUGCACUUCUAUGAGCUUGUAGAAGACACAAAAGAUGGCAUCUGGCUGGUUCAGGUUAUAGCAAAUGACAGAAGUCCUUUGGUGGGUAAAAUCCACUGGGAGAAAAUGGUGAAAAAGGUGUCAAGAUUUGGAAUACGUACAGGCACAUUUAACUGUGCCAGUGACCCCAGAUACUGCAGGAGAAGAGGCUGGGUACGAUCCACACUCAUUAUGUCUGUUCCACAAACAAGUACUUCUAAAGGGAAAGUCAUGCUUAAAGAAUACAGUGGGCGCAAGAUUGAAGUAGAGCACAUUUUUAAGUGGAUAACUGCUCAUGCAGCUUCACGGAUCAAAACCAUUUAUAAUGCUGAACGUUUGAAAGAAGAAUGGAAUAAAAGUGAUCAAUACUGGGUAAAAAUAUACCUAUUUGCAAACCUUGACCAACCCCCAGCUUUCUUCUCUGCACUAAGCAUAAAGUUUACUGGAAGAGUUGAGUUUAUUUUUGUAAAUGUGGAAAAUUGGGACAACAAGAGUUAUAUGACAGAUAUUGGUGUAUAUAACAUGCCAUCAUACAUACUUAGAACUCCCGAAGGAAUUUACAGGUAUGGAAACCACACGGGCGAAUUUAUAUCCCUUCAGGCCAUGGAUUCAUUUUUGCGCUCAGUACAACCUGAAGUAAAUGAUUUGUUUGUUUUGAGCUUGGUUCUAGUUAAUCUUAUGGCUUGGAUGGACUUAUUUAUCACACAAGGAGCUACCAUAAAACGAUUUGUGGUUCUCAUAAGCACUUUAGGGACAUAUAAUUCUCUAUUAAUUAUUUCCUGGCUACCUGUGUUGGGCUUUUUACAGCUCCCUUACUUAGAUAGCUUUUAUGAGUAUAGCUUAAAAUUGUUGAGAUAUUCCAAUACAACCACGCUGGCCUCAUGGGUCAGGGCAGACUGGAUGUUUUAUUCUUCACACCCAGCCUUGUUUCUUAGUACAUACCUUGGACAUGGUUUACUAGUCGAUUACUUUGAAAAGAAGAGACGGCGCAACAACAACAAUGAUGAAGUCAAUGCCAAUAACUUAGAGUGGUUAUCAAGUCUGUGGGACUGGUACACCAGCUACCUCUUCCACCCGAUUGCUUCUUUUCAGAACUUCCCUGUAGAAUCUGAUUGGGACGAAGACCCCGACUUGUUCUUGGAGCGAUUAGCUUUCCCUGACCUUUGGCUUCACCCUCUGAUACCAACUGAUUAUAUAAAAAACUUGCCAGUGUGGCGAUUUAAAUGCCUUGGAGUCCAGUCUGAAGAGGAAAUGUUGGAAGGUCCUCAAGAUAUUGAAAAUGACUCAGACAGUGAGAGCACAGACACUUUUAGCAGCGAGAAGGAAGUAUUUGAAGAUAAACGAAACGUAGUUCACAAUUCUCCAGGAAGAGCAAGUCACUGUGAUCCUGAGGCUUGUUCAUGUGCCAAUAAAUAUUGUCAGACCAGCCCUUAUGCAAGGAAGGGGCGGUCAUAUGGAUCAUAUAGCACUAACGAAGACAUGGAACCUGAUUGGUUAACUUGGCCUGCUGAUAUGCUGCACUGUACUGAAUGUGUUGUUUGCCUAGAGAAUUUUGAAAAUGGAUGUUUGCUAAUGGGGUUGCCCUGUGGUCAUGUGUUCCAUCAGAAUUGCAUUGUGAUGUGGUUGGCUGGGGGCCGACACUGUUGCCCUGUUUGCCGGUGGCCUUCUUACAAAAAAAAGCAGCCAUAUGCACACCACCAGCCCUUGUCAAAUGAUGUCCCAUCUUAACCACGUGCAAUUUGUCCUUUAUAAGCUUUGCGUAUCCUACAGCUUGCCUUUUUAAUGUUAGUCACCAAGUUUUUGUGGUUUGACGUUUAAUUUAAUGUUAGUGCAGUGACAGGAAAUAUACAUUUUGCUAACGUUGAUGACAAUUAUUUGGUUGCCUUGUGUGUCAAUAUGAAUGCAUACUUAAAUGUAAAAAUUUUUAUUUACAACAUUGGAAAUUCAGAAGUUAAUGUCUUUUUGUAAGCACAAAAGAAGUAUGAUAGAAAUUUAUCCUAGCAAGACUUUACAAGGUAGGAUCAAAUUCUAAUGGAAUUGAGGGAGUUUCUAAAUGUUUCCUCCCUUUUUACAAUCUGUGUCCAGCCCCUCUUGGUUAAAUAAUGUAUGCUCUGAGACAUGAAAUUAAAACAGACCUAUGAAAUAAAUUAUUUUAAAACCAGAAGAUUAUAGCUUUUUUAAAAUUGUUUUUGAUAAGGUGGCUGAGUGCUAUAAGUGUUUUACUGGUUUGUUAAUUUCACAGGUAAGUCAAAUAUGAUCCUUGACUCGGGGGGGUAAAAACAAGACAAAUUACAUUGCUGACACUAGCCAGAGGUGAUGUUAGUCCCCCUUGGUUAGCUUUGAUGGGAAGGAAUUUCAUGAUGGGCUUUUUUUAAAGUAUUAAAUCACUUAUGAGUAUAUUCAUGUAAAUAAAAUCAGCUAUAGCGUAUUGGCCACACAUAGAUUACUUUAUAUAUUUUUCCUGACUUUUUAUUUUGAAAAAAUUUUUAACUAUAGAAAGGUGGAAACAUAGUACAAUGAACAUUCAUUUCUCUAAUUCACCAGGUGUUUACAUUCUGUUAUAUUUGCUUUAUCUCCUCUAUGUCUAUAAUUUUUUUUCCUUUCUCUCUUUUUUUUUCUUUUUUGCUGAUCCCUUUGAAAGUAAAUUUCAGUCAUCAUGAUGCUUCUUUGCCACUAAAAUGUACCAUGUAACUCCUAAGAACAAGAACAUUUUUUAUAUAACCACCACACCAUUAUCACACCCAGGAAAUUUAACAUUGAUUUAAUAAUAUCUAGUAUACAAUUUGUACUCCCCAGUUGCUCCCAAAAUAUUCUAUAUCUUUAUAUGUUUCUGUUUUGUUUUUAUUGGGAACUCAGGCAAACUUUAUGAUUGGGUUUAGUCUCCUUUGUUUCAUUCUUUUCUCUAGAGCAGUUCCCCUGCCCCCCCCCCUUUUUUUUUAAAGUCUUUUCUGACAUUUUUGAAGAGUACAGGCUAGUUGGCUUAUGGAAUGUUCCACAUUUCUGGAUUUGUCUGAGUGUUUCUUCAUGGUUAGAUUUAAAGUAAACAAUAUUGCCUAGAUGAUAUGUAUUUCCCUUUUGUAUGACAUCUGAAGGCACGGUGAUGUCAGUUCAUCCCAUUGUUGGUGAUGCUCAAUUUGGCUAAGAUAGUAUCUGUCUUAUCUUUGCAAUGUAAGGUACUUUCCACUUGAUAAUUAAGAAGGAACCUGUGAGGCCACAUGAGUAUCCUGUUCUUCAAUAAACUUUAACCCAAUGGU